GUGCAUAAUAUGUAGAAGUGCAUAUCAAUUAUGGGUAGUAUUCCUGUAAACAGGUUGAACAGGCCCCUUAACCCCACAACCCCUGACUACGUUUUCCCACCCCGCGACCCAGACUAGACUUGGCUCGAUUUGGUAGUAGACAUCAUCGAAAUCAUCGAAAUCAUCGAAACGUGAACCUCAAACAUGAACCUCUUACUAUGAUACUUGACCUUAGCUUCUGAUUUCUUAGUAAUUAUCGACACCUAUUUUCAACAAAGCUAGACUAACCUAGUAUUAUCAUGAUCGCCUAACCUUAGGUUACUUACCUACGUUCCUAACCUAGAUAUCAAGCUCGCCUAUUCAAAGAUCAAUUAGAAAGAUAGCCCCAAGUACGGGUACCUCAGGGGGGGAGUAGCUAAGCCCGCUCAAGGAACUACCAUGGAUCGUAUACCUCCCGAGGUGCUUCUGCACAUAUUCCAGUUCCUGGACGGCCCGGCUCCGUCCCAGGUACGACUUCGGGACCAACCUAGCAGUGAUAUGCUGGACGUCACGCCGCAGCUUUCACACAGCCUCAAGACCGUUUCUUACGUCUGCAGGACUUGGCGCACAUUGGCUCUCCCAAGCCUCUUCCGCCACGUGCUAUGGAAGCCCAAGAUAUCCUCUCUCAGUGCCUUCACGCUGAACCCCAUACCCCUCCUGCGCUUCCUAGAGGACAAUCGGCUGGACCGUAGUGCCAUGACCUUCACCAUGGUCGUAGACUUCCAAGAUAAGGAAGCCGACGCGCGACAUAUCACUCCGGAGAUAAGGUCCGUGGACUUGGAAUGGCUAUGGGAUCAGCUAUUCUCCGUCAUCGAUCCUUUGCGCUUCACCAUGAUCGCGCCUCCGAACACUCUCGCCGCGUUCAUGUCUCGAAUGCUCUUCCUGGAUGAUGCAUGGUCAUUUAGUAUCCCCUACCAUAUUCUGUCACUUGCUCGAUCCAAAAGGGGGCCAUCACGUGACAGAUCAUCAAAAGAGCACCUCGAAGCACAACUAUCUGCUCUUCAAGUCUCAUCUCCAACAGCUGAGACUACUAGCACGUCACCUUCUGGGGCAGAGUCAUCAGCCGCCGCUGCUUCUGCCAUGGGAUCUUCUUCUUCUACUUCCCAAGCAACCCGCUACAGAAAGCCCCCAGCCUGUCCGCUAUUCACCGCGCGCCCCUGGACGUCCAUCCUUCUAAACGAGGGCUCCUCGACCCGAGUCUACCGCACCUACGAGUUCUUCCUGCGGCGACCGCCCUCCAUGCUCGGGGCCCUGCUCGGGUGCGAGGAGCACCCCAACAACGUACCCCUCCUGCCCCCCACCAUCAUCGACUUCAACUAUAUCGCCAUCUUCCCCCUAUCCUCUCAUUUCGAAGUCCUACUACAGCACCUCCCUAAGCUCGACCGGCUUUUCGUGCAACUCACCCCGCGGCCGGGGAACCGGAUCCUCGAGGACGAGGACGAGAUGAAGUACAUCGACCCGGCGGACCUGUGGAUGGAGCGAAACACGUCAUACAGCUCCUUGAUGCGCGAGCUGACCUUCGUGGCCGACCCCGAUCCCGACGUGGACGUGGACCCAGGAAACUGGGAGACGUUAAGGGUGUUCGAGAGCGGCGACGCCGCGGACCAGGAGGCCUGGGAGAUCGCCGUCAAGUUCCUCGAGCGCAACGCCCGCCGCGGCUGGAAGGUCGAGCGCGAGGGCGUCUUCGUGAAGUGCGACGACGAAGGGAACCCCCCCGGCGCGAAGCGCGAGGUCGAUGGGCAUGGCGGAGGCGUGAAGUCGACCUUGUUAGUAUAAGUCCUUUUUUUUUUUUUUUUUCCGCCUUUCAUUUUCCUCUCCCUCCUUCUCCCCAUCUCUCUAUCGUGUGGAAAGAGGCUAGGCUGCACUGGAGAAGACCGCAUGUAUAUCUGCAUGAGGCACCUAGGUACUUGCCCCCCUCCCCUUCCCCCCUUUUUUU